AUGGCUUCGGCCGAAGUCACGUCUGCCCUCGCAGCAAUUGAUGCAACAUCAAACCAACAGGCCAAAGCAGUACGGUACAAUGAACUCCUCUCCCAGAUAGUAUCCUCAUCCAGCCCCACCACCAUAUCGCAAGACCUUAUCGCCUUCCUGGGAUCCAUAUUGAGCGAAAAUGUGAGCAUAAUCGCCUCUCGCCCUCUUCUCGAUGCCUUUAUAAAUGCCCUCCGCACGCUCCCUGCAGACGUCCAGAUCAAUGUCGGUCAACACGCCAUCCACGCUCUUCAGAGCCGAUCAACAUCGGUGGAAGAACAAGACUCCUCGAUACGUGGAAUACUUGCGGAUGCAUAUGAGUCGCAAGAUGAAUAUCUAGCUGCUGCCAGGGUCCUUCAAGGAAUUCAUCUGGAUAGCUCGCAGCGUUUGAUAUCGGAUGAAGAUAAGAUGCGCAUGUGGAUACGAAUUGUCAGACUAUACCUUGAAGAAGAUGACCCUACAAGUGCUGAAGGAUUCCUGAACAAGAUAAAGAAUUUACCAUCAAAGAUUCAAGAUCAGGAAUUGAAGCUCCAUUUCCAGCUAUCACAAGCACGAAUUCUCGACGCCCGAAGACGCUUUCUCGAUGCCAGCCAGGAGUAUCUCAAUGUUAGUUUGGCCACUGGUGUGGAUGAAGGGGAUCGACUUCACGCGUUAUCUGCGGCUAUAGUCUGCGCGGUCCUGGCACCAGCAGGACCUCAAAGAUCACGCAUGCUUUCGCGACUCUCCAAGGAUGAUCGAUCCUCCUCGCUAGAGGAACACAGCAUCCUAGAGAAGAUAUUCAGGGAUCAUCUCCUUACGCCGGAAGAAGUGAAAGCCUUUUCGAUAAAAUUGGCUCCUCACCAGCUUGCACAGACAGCGGAUGGGUCAACCGUUCUUGACAAGGCGGUUAUCGAGCAUAAUCUGCUCGCGGCAAGUCGGCUAUAUGAAAAUAUCCAUGUGGAUAGUUUAGCGUCCAUUCUUGGCCUCGAAGCGAGCGGAGAUAUGAGUGCUGCCGAGAGGGCGGAGGUAUACGCUGCCCGAAUGGUAGAACAGGGUCGACUUGAGGGGAAUAUUGAUCAGAUCGCGGGUGUCAUCUACUUUAAGUCAGGAGUAGAUGGCGUUGGGCCUACGGACACGGAGGGGAGGAGCUUAAGAAUAUGGGACGCUGGCGUGCAACAUUUGACGGAUGAAGUGGAAAAAGUCGCUGCCUCCAUCAUGGACGAGUUCCCCGAAUUUGCAGCGGCACAGAUGGUCCACUGA